GAUUAAUAGCAUCCGGACGGGUCAGAGCGCUAGCUAUAGCUAGGGAGUGAGAUCGCUUUCGUGGUCUCCCAGUGGAAUUCACAUUGCCAGCGGGUCCGAAGAUGGAUCAAUCCUCAUCCAAGAAGCAGAAAGCGGAAAAGUCGAGGUGGGACCGAUCGAGACGAAGCAGGACAGGGUGUGGCACCACCCUCAGAACGGCAUGCACGCUCUUGCAUAUUCACCUUCGGGUGACAGAAUUGCAACAGGCGGGUACGCUACGAUUUGCAUCUGGAACGCCAAGACUGGUCAGCUUGUUAUCCGCCCCAUCAAUGACCUGGGGGACUUUGUGUCAUCGUUGGUGUGGUCGUCGGACAGCACUAAACUCUAUUCCGCGUCCGACAAAUUCGCACGUGUUUUCGACAGCAGCACAGGUACACUACUCUAUCACUUCCAGCACAGCGUUCACCUGUUUUCUGUUGCACUUUCACCUCAGAACGAUAUACUGGCAUGUGUAGGCAUAGAAGGUAUUGUACAGCUAUGGGAUAUAGUAUCCUGUCAGCCACUCGCCCUGCCGUUUGGCCAGGUUCAGGAUCGCGCAACCCUUUAUUGCGUGUCGUUCUCUCGAGAUGGGACAUACCUGGCAUAUAGCGGAGAGAACAAACUCACUCUCUGGAUGGUCGAAGACAUGGCUCUUCGGCUUGCAGCACCCGUACAUAGUCACAGACAAACUAUACAGCAGGAGACUCGAUCCGAGUCCCUAUCAUCGUCUUGCCUCGAUGCUGAUGCUACUGGGGGUGAUGACAUCAUCGAGGAGGCGCACGACGACCCAUACGACACCUUUUUCCAGUCUUCCCAGCCAUCUCUUUCUUCCGCGUUAUCUGUUCCUCCCCGGCUACACCCAGCCCGACGCUUCUGGAAUACCAUCUCUCUACAUCACCCCCCAGAAAACAAGUCCGUUCCGUUGCAAGACCGCCUCAAGCGCAAGUUCUUUGCGUAUCGUGCUCGCUCACACUCGCCGCAGCCUGCAAAUACCACACCUAAGCAACCAACGCCAGAUGGGGCCGGCCGAGCAGAAGCAGAAGACAAGGAUAGCGCUCAGACCCCUCUGCCCAAUGAUUCUUCCUGCGAGCUUGACGACAAACAAAACAGCAAACUCUGGAGAUUGCUACAAGCUCGAGCGAAAGAUUCCGCUUCGGCCGAUGAGGCUCCAGCAAAGAAACGCAAACCCUCUCCCAAGGUCGUUGAGGUAUACGCCGUACGCGGGUUCCAGGGAUAUGUCGCGCUGACACGGAAACGCAAGGCGAAGUCAUUGGCAGCGACGUUCGCUCCUGCCACUGCAGCACACCCGGCGCAGGCGGGGUCAUCAUCGCAAGGCAUGGCUGGACACGGAACUCAAUAUUUGCACGCCACUGGAGGUCCGCUACCGCAGGCGUCCCCAUCACACUUUGUCACCAGCCACAACUCAGACUCACGUUCAAGCAUCGAAGGCUCCUGCAACAGGUUCCUCGACAAGAUAUGUUUCCCCUGUGGACACUUUCAUGACGAUUCUUGAAUUCUUCGUGCGAGUAUGCCAACUGAAUGUGGGUUGGACCUGCUUUUUCUGUCUUUUAUCGUUCCUUUAACAAUUGAUUCGUACUAUGUUCAGCUUCAUUACUUCAUUCUGUACGCCAGUCGUCGUUAUCCAUUCGUUUGGAGCAUCACACACCUUCUACUACCGCGGUUGGCUAUACACCCACCUAACUAAGACCUCC